AUGUCUGGAGGAAGUCUCCUAUUUGCUGCUUACACAGUGCUCCUUCUUCUUCUUCUUCUUCUUCAUGUUCCUUCCUCUUGUUCCCAAACAGCUUCCAAUAAUUGUACAGCUAAUAAAGCUCAUGAUAACUCUGAUUGUGCCCGUUCUUGUGGAAAUAUUAACGUAAACUAUCCAUUCCGAUUGAAAGGAGACUCUAAACACUGCGGCAACAAAAGGUUCGAGCUAUCUUGUGAGGCCAAGGGAAAUGGUACUACUCAUCAUGCAGUGCUAUCCUUGUUAUCAGGAAAGUAUUAUGUACAAGCAAUCAAUUACAAUAACUUCACAAUCCGACUUGUGGAUGCUGGUGUUCACAAGAUCAAGGACAACUACUUCUCCCACCCACUCUACUCCUUGGCCCCCUUCAACUUUUCUUAUGACUCCGUUUAUACAGGUCCUCUUCAAGCAUGUCUUCACCCCGCAUAUAGGCUCUUCAACCCUGAUGGGCCUUUGUUGCCUACGGAUAUGCCCAGAUUCUACUUUGCCAAGCUUCUGGGAUGUGCAGUCGGUUUCCUAGUACUAUACGUAGCAGCCAAAUUUACAUUUGGUUUUCCCUUUGUAACUGCACUGCUAAUAUAUAAAUGGCGAAGGAGGCACUUGUCAAUGUAUGAGAAUAUAGAAGACUUUCUACAGAGUAAUAAUAAUCUCAUGCCAAUAAGGUACUCUUACUCGGACAUCAAAAAGAUGGCCAGAGGUUUCAAGGACAAAUUGGGUGAAGGAGGCUAUGGCUCUGUAUACAAGGCAAAGCUCCGCCGCGGUCACCUUGUAGCCAUCAAGAUGUUAGGCAAGUCCAAAACUAAUAAUGGCCAAGACUUUAUCAAUGAGGUUGCUACCAUUGGAAGGAUUCGCCAUGUUAACGUGGUGCGACUUAUUGGCUUCUGUGUUGAAGGUUCAAAACGUGCUCUUGUAUAUGAUUUCAUGUCUAAUGGGUCUCUCGAGAAAUACAUUUUUUCUCAACAAGGAGAUGUGUCUUUAAGUUGCCAUAAAAUAUUUGAAAUCGCACUCGGAGUGGCUCGUGGUAUUGAUUACCUCCAUCAAGGGUGUGACAUGCAAAUUUUGCACUUUGACAUCAAGCCUCACAACAUUCUUCUAGACGAGAAUUUUACUCCCAAGGUCUCUGAUUUUGGGUUAGCAAAGCUAUACCCAUUGGAUAAUAGCAUUGUAUCUUUGACUGCAGCAAGAGGAACCAUGGGAUACAUUGCUCCAGAACUGUUCUACAAAAACAUUGGAGGUGUUUCAUACAAAGCCGAUGUGUAUAGUUUCGGAAUGCUAUUGAUGGAAAUGGCUGGUAGAAGGAAAAACCUGAAUGCGG